GUAACACGGCCCAGUUCUGGCAGCUUUCAGGCUGGUGGGGUGGAGGGGGGUGGUGGGGGGGAUCGGAGCGCGCAUCCUCCGAGAGGGAUCUGCAGGAAACAUGAUCAUCGAGGGAACGUGAACGCAUUCCUCAGCUCCGGUCAGACGAUUCGACAGUUAUUCGCGCGUUAUUCUCCGAAGGACGCGGGAGGAGGAGGAGGAGGAGAGGCAGACAGAGAGCACGCACGAGCUCACGUCGUCAUCCGCCGCCGCUGCGCCGCGUGAGACGAGGUCAUCGCCGCUCCACGGUUACUUUGAUUUCCUGUCCCAUGCUGGCAGCUCAAGUGCCUCAAAAAACUGAAUCCAGGAGAAAACAAAGGAACAAAGCUUGAUAUGGAAAGAUGGAUUGACUGACAGCAGGUUUGAUUCAAAAUAUGCAAAGAUGUUGUUUCUAAUUGGAAUCACUGUUCCUGGGAAUAAUGCAUCGCAAGAAAACUCAACUUCAGAAAAUUCCACCCAGCAGGGGGCUCACGUGCUGCCCUCCACGCUGGUCAUAUCCCUGGUUCUUAUCAUCCUUGUCCUGCUGACGAUCUACUGUCUCAGGUUUAAAAGCCACAGGAAAGUUCUAGUUACAUCGGUGGAUAAGAAGAUUCCAAACGGCUUCUUGGAGGAGCAAGGAGAACAGACAGUGGUCCUCCUCCCCAGAUCCCCCUCGCCAUCCAAGAGGUACUUCCCCAUCCCUCUGGACUCUCUGGAGGAAGAGUACCGGAUACGCUCUGCUGAUGACGGCAAGCUCUUCAGAGAAGAGUUCAAUUCACUGCCAUGUUACUUUCACCAUGGGUCCUUUGAAGAGGCGAGCAGAGAGUACAACCGAGAGAAAAACAGAUACCCAAACAUUUUACCAUACGAUCAUUCCAGGGUGGUGCUGAGUCAUCUCGACGGACAUCUUUGUUCGGACUAUAUAAAUGCUUCCUACAUAGACGGAUACAAAGAGAAGAAUAAAUUCAUAGCAGCUCAAGGUCCUAAGCCAGAGACAUUAGCUGACUUCUGGAGGAUGGUUUGGGAGCAGAAAACUGCAACUAUAGUCAUGCUAACAAAUCUGAAGGAACGAAAGGAGGAAAAAUGUUGUCAGUACUGGCCAGAGAAAGGGUGCUGGAUGUAUGGAAAUAUCCGAGUGGCACUGGAGGACGUCACUGUUCUGGUGGACUACACUAUCAGAAAAUUUUGUGUUCAAUACCAAGACAGCGAUGGACCGCGAGCUCCUCGGCUUGUCACUCAGCUUCACUUUACCAGCUGGCCAGACUUUGGGGUGCCAUUCACACCCAUCGGAAUGCUGAAAUUCCUCAAGAAGGUCAAGACUGUCAAUCCGUCCUACGCUGGGCCCAUUGUUGUGCACUGCAGCGCUGGAGUUGGAAGGACCGGAACGUUCAUCGUUAUCGACAGCAUGAUUGACAUGAUGCACGUCGAGCAGCGAGUAGAUGUGUUCGGCUUUGUGAGCAGAAUACGAGAGCAGCGCUGUCAACUCAUCCAGACAGAUAUGCAGUACUCCUUCAUCUACCAGGCACUGCUGGAGUACUAUCUCUACGGGGACACAGAGCUAGAUGUGUGUUCUCUGGAGGGUCACCUGCACAGGCUUCAUAACACCAGAGCCCCCAACGACAGGCUGGGCCUGGAGGAGGAGUUCAGAAAACUCACCAACGUUCGGAUUAUGAAGGAGAACAUGAGGACCGGGAACCUUCCUGCCAACAUGAGGAAGAACCGUGUGCUUCAGAUCAUUCCAUACGAUUUCAACCGAGUAAUACUCUCAGUGAAAAGAGGACAAGAGUUUACCGACUACAUCAAUGCCUCCUUUAUUGAUGGCUACAGGCAGAAGGACUGUUUUAUCGCAACCCAGGGCCCCUUGUCUCACACGGUGGAGGACUUCUGGAGGAUGGUGUGGGAGUGGAGGUGUCAUUCAAUCGUUAUGCUCACCGAGCUCAAAGAAAGAGAGCAGGAAAAGUGCUUCCAGUAUUGGCCAUCAGAGGGCAGCGUAAUAUUUGGAGAUUACACUGUGGAGCUGACUGGAGAAUCGCAGGGCGAAACCUUCACUCGUAAAGACAUGCUGCUCACCUACAAAUCAGAAAAGCAGCCACAACAUGUACGCCACUUCCACUUCCACGGAUGGCCUGAGAUCGGAAUACCGGUCGACGGACGGGGGAUGAUUGACAUCAUUGCGGCCGUGCAGAGGCAGCAGCAGCAGUCUGGAAACCGACCUAUAAUUGUACACUGCAGUGCCGGCGCGGGACGGACGGGAACGUUCAUCGCACUCAGCAACAUUCUGGAGAGAGUUAAAGCUGAAGGUCUCCUGGAUGUUUUUCAAACCGUUAAAAGUUUACGUAUGCAGAGGCCGCACAUGGUUCAGACGGUGGAGCAAUAUGACUUCUGCUACAAAGUGGUCCAGGAUUUUAUUGACAUUUUCUCAGACUACGCCAAUUUUAAAUAAAACCUGUUUUUUUUUUAAAUAAACAUGAGCCAGAUUCAAAUAUGCAAUUUUUUUUCUCAGAUUGUUGUUUUGUAAAAGCUUUUUACAUUUUGCACUUGACAAAAAAAGAUGUAUCAUGCUGUAAAUAAUCUUCCAACACAGAUGUCCUUUUCAAUAAAGUUAUUUGUAAUAAUAAUAAUAAUAGUCAUGAAAAUGGAGAGAUUAAAAGUGUUUUCAUUGUAGCUGAGCUGGUUCUUGUACUGCAAAGAAAAAGUCACACACUUCACAAGUGUAGUGUGUGUUUUUAUGCUAGUAACCAUUCUGUAUAUUCCUUUAACGUGCUGUACAUGUGUGCUGUUACUGUCUGCUUUACUUUGACCACAAUGCCUUUAUAUUACUCUUGUAUUUGUUGCCCUUGCAACAUGUUAGACUGCAGUACAGAGAAUACACAAUGUGUUUGAUGAGUAAAACGACACGCCGAAUAACAGAAAUAAUUUAUUCUCUGAAGUAUUAGUAAUAUUUUUUAGUCCGCUCAAACUGACAAAAGAUUUUCUUUUUGUCAAAUGCUGUAAAUGACCUCUCUUCUGUCUGCGAGCAGCUGCUGCCUACUGCCAUUUCAUUCACUGACUUA